UUGAACUGAAAUGUCAUUUUUGGAAAUAUGAAAUAGAAUAAAUUACCAGUAUUCCACUGCAAAUUUUCAGUAAACCACUUCGAAUUCAGCUGAUAAGCAAGAUAUCUCUGCAAUCAUUGUUCAUAUUUCGUCACACUUCAUCAUAAAGCGUAUAAAGAUAUCAGCUGGUUGAAGUACCUAUGUCUUGCAUACUCAGGCCCCUAUUUAUUUAGUGAUACUAAGCCGUCGGUAGUGUUUGCACGCGUAUUUUUUCAUUAGACUGGCAGGUAACCUUGUCUAUUAGCCGCGAAGGCCAAAAGUUCAAUUAAAAAGUGAAGGAUAUUCUAGUUGGUCACGAUGUUGAAGAGUGCCUCUAAGGUGACAAUUAACACCGGGAACGUGCUGAAUUUAAUCGAUAUCAAGAAAAAAGCUGGACAAAAUGUAACUGAAGAGCUAUCCGAGAGCAUAAAACUGACACUAACUGAAUGGGGAUCACAAAACAGCUCCCCUUAUCAGAACGGGUCUGCCACAGAGGAGAGCCAAGACCCCCACCAGAUAUCCAACUACAUGGUAGUUUCCACAUCGAAUGCGCCCGCGCAAGCCGUGAUGAAUAUAACGCGGCCUCACGAUGACGUGCAAAACAAAAUGGCAGAGGAGGAGAGGAAGAAUUUAAAAAUCGGUGUCAAGAUAUUCAUUAAUGAGGACAGUACAACGUCUCUGACUGAAUGCUUGGAGAAUGUAUUCACGGCCCUCCACACAGAGUACAUAGACAACGUGACCCUGGCGUACAAUCCAGAAAUCCUGUACAAAGAGGAUUCAGAAGAUAACAACUUGAAGAACAAUACGCACGCCAGCGCCACCAAAGCGUCGCCUAUUUCCCUUGGGAGCAAUAUUGCGCGCAACCCCUCAGCCGAGGGUACGGAAGCCGACAGCGACGCCGACGCCAGGAAGUGUGAAGCGAUCCUGCCUGGUAUCAAAGUGUUGUGGGCCAUUCUAGAGGAUUACGUUAAAGAAGGUCGCGUGAACCAAUUGGGCGUCGCCGACGUCGGUGGCGGUUGUCUGCGCAAACUUCACGCGUGGGCUCGCGUCAAGCCGGCCAUAGCUCAGAUAAACCUCGCCUCGUGCUGCGUUGUGCCGCCAUCUUUGCACGCCUUCUGUCGUGCCAACGACGUACAGCUACUGACACAUGCAGAUCCGCCAGAUCUACUCUCCCUAGCUGCCGUCAAAACUCUCUCCGACGCAGGAGUAGGAUGUCACAACCUGGACUGGUGUGCGAGGUACCAGGUUCACAUCAAAUGCAGAGGCGUUCUCGCGUUGAAAGGGUACGUGUGUAAAGCCACUUUGGGAAGCAAGGAUGAAAUCAUCGAGGUAAACAAAUAGUAUUAUUAUUGAAAAAUAAAGACAAUAUUUGUAUUAUAUGUCUCAAUAUUAGAUUAUAUACCUCAAAACCUGUGGCCUCAAUUAAAACAGCUGUAUAGUUUCCAUACUUUCAAAAUACUAAAAUUUGCACGUAUAUUGUUGAAUAUAAGGAGAUGAAAAUAUCCCUUAAAAAUAGCAAAAUAUGACAAAAAUACUACAGCUGCAACUUUUUUUUUAACGCAAUCAUUGUUCCAUGUAUAUGGAAUAAUGAUAAUUUCUCUAUUUCGAUAAAGACCAAAAAAAGAUAGUAGAUUCCAUCUUGCUUGCUAUCCUACUGUAUCAGUUGACAAAGUCCGAACUGAAUUGAGGUAAAUAAUUUAAGUUAUAUUUCGCCUCUCUUCAGAAACGCGAAGAACUUUUUGAGUGUAUCCUGUUUUAAAUCCCUUUCACGCAUUGUGUAUUACUGUUUUUGGAAAAAAAUGGAUAAGCGAAGCAGUAGUCAAGCAAGGACUUAAGAAAUGUGAAUAUUUUCUACAAUUCUUUAAUACUAAAUAUGUUGCGUUAAAUAAAAAACAAAACACAGCCUUUUCAUUCGUAACCUAAGAAAUUAUGUUUCUUUUGUAAUUUUGUAUACUGUAUUUAGUACUGGGUCUUUAUCUAUUAGCAUAAAAAAUUUAAACUAGAAUGUUAUGUAGCAUACCGUACUAAUGAUUUUUAAGCAUUACGUUAUUUCGCAUAACGGUUAACGCAUAACUAUUUGAAGCAUAAUGUAUCCAAGCUUUGUCAUGUUUAGGCAUAACAUUAUAAAGCAUAAAUAUAUUUAAACAUAACAAUAUCAAACCUAACCUAGUUUAUUUUGGCUCAGUUGGAAACUCCGCCUGCUCUGCUUUGUGUGGUCAUAAGAUAACCCAAAUCUAGUCAGAUUUGUUAAACCUAUACUUUUGAAGCUCUGCUCGCUUCUCUUUGCGGUGGUCAAAAGUAACCUAACGAACCUACCGUCACAAUUAUAUUUUUUAUAUUAAGGAUAUUUCAGACAUUAUUAUAACAGUGCAUUUGAUGUGACCAAUUAAUAAUAGUUAUUACAAAUAACUGUUAUAAUAAUUACAUUUGGUUCAAAAAUUGUUAAUUAUUCCUUAAUACUAUUAAUCUUAUAUUUAUUAUUCGUACGGAGAUUAUCCACGUUACCUUUAUGCCAAAAUAAAUUUGCCUUAAAGUUACUUAUAUACAAUAAAAUACAAUACAAAUUGCUUAUUGCUAAGCAAUCUCUUACAGCCAACCUUUGGGUAGUGAAAUGUAAAACAUGGAACCGGGUGGGCACCAUAAAAAUCAAUUAUGCCUUAGACCAAAAUAUUGUAUGCCGAAACCGUUAUGCCAAAGAACAGAAGAACAAAAUUAUUUAUGUGAUAAUUAGUGGCCCCGCCAGUACUACACCUAUAUAUGCAUUAAGUUCUAAAUAAAAUGUAUCGCGUUUUGUCUCAAAUAACCACAAAAUAAAAUAUGGGUAAAAAUACCCAAAAAAUGCGAUAGAUACUAAAUAUAUUUUGGCAAUAUAGUAUUCCUUGAAUAUAACGUACAAAGUACUUAAUAAUUUUUUAUAUCUUAUUGUUAUUGCAUUUUCUUCGCAAUGAAUUAUAGCCAUUUAAAAAAAUAAUAAUAGUUAAGUGUGUUAUCGGUUCACAGUAGUAUUAGAAUUUAGACGGUCACCACGUUUAUGGUCACGAAUCAGAUUUUUACACGAAGUGACCACUGUCUGAUCCACAUGGCCCCGUUAAUAGCAGAACUAUAAUCACCUUGAAUCAUGAGAGCAUUCUUUACCAGUAUCCCAAUGAAAUGAUAAAAAUUAUCUUAGUAAGAGGUAGAGAGAAUAGAAUUUAUUAACAAAAAGUAAUUUGGGGUGAUACGGCUUUUGUGAUAAGGGGCCUUAAGAUGUGAAUUUGUUAGUUUUUAUCGCUCAUACCUACUAAUUUGUUAAAGUCUGAUCAAAAAAUAUAAUUUUAACACCUGACGAUUGUAGAUAUUAUACUCUUAUGGAUUGGAUGCUAUUUCAAUUGAUUAAUUUGCAGUCACUUUUUCUAAACCUCUUUUAAAACUACAUCUGCAUUUGAUCGAAAAAGUAAAAUAUGAGUGGUAUAGUUUGAAAUCCCUCUAAAACGAUUUCAUAAAAUGUCGCAAAAAUAAUUAAAUAAACGUUUGAAAAUAGACAUUGCAAUUUUAUUUUUUAUUCUGUCUAUAGAAUAUUAAUUAAGUCUAUCGGGCAAAAAAAAAGUUCAAAGAGAAAAUAAAGCACUAGCCAGCAUAAGGAACAGAGAAUAUAACAAAAAAUAACCUGUUAUAUUCUCUGUCUUCAUAUCAAAUUUUCAUUUUGCCAGCAAUAUAAGUGGAUCACAUAAUAUUUUAAUGAAUGACUAUUUAUUAUAUAUAAGGAAGUAAUCUCAAAUUGUGGCGUCAUAUUUAUUCACGAAUGAAUUUGUAUUUUAUUAAUUUAAAUUUAUAUGCAAUUUAGUUUGUAAACGGUGGUACAUCGAAAAAAAUGUAUGAGAAUGAUUUUGUUUUAAAUAAUUGAAUUUUUUUUUUAAUUAAAUUAUAUAGUUAUUUUUUAUACAACAAUUUUUUCCGCACACCUUUUUUUUUCAUUCCGUAGUUGCAUUUUUAUUUUAUAUACAAACAAAUUUACAAACUGAUUUUAUCCUUGACAGAUGCAAACUUAAGCCGUAUUAAAAUUAAUCAUAAAUAUAAAUCUUUGUUUAAUUAAUGUUUAUAGUCGAAAAGUAAUUAAGUAUACACAGAUGUGGUGAAUAUAUUAAUUUUCUCACUAAACAUUGUUUCUUCAAAUUUGCAGUUUAUCUAAUUUAAAAAUAGAUUAAAUAAAAUCUAAAGAUUUACAUUAUCUUCUCUAUGAAAUACAAUGAAAACGGUUUUAUUUUGAAUUUAAAUUAUAUUUUUAGUGUUAAGUUUAUGAAUUAUAUUGAAUUAUGCAUUUGAAAUUGUAAUUAAGUUUAGUUCAUUUAUUUAGGUGCCCAAAUAAAGGUAAAGGAAAAUUAUGUUGAAACUACUUUUAAUUGAAAAAUAUAUUCUUUAUUAAAGGAAAUAGCUUUCAUGUAUUUUUCACUAUGAAUUAGUUUUGCUACAUAUUACAUUAUUAUAAAUAUUUAACAAAUUAAUGUUUUUAUUUUAAAGUCAUUUCAAGAUUCUUUAUCUGUAUCUUCAUUAUAUAACCUAAAGAAAUGGUAAAUUAAAAUAUUACCAAUUUGCUUUGAUGUAUUAUACUAAAAUAGCUGUGCCUUAGUACACAUAACAAUGUAUUAAACUUUAUUAUAUUUUAUUUUUUUAAUUCACGCUGUCAUACGAAAAUGGUGUAAAACAAGAAGUCAAGAAUUCAUGUAAUAACACUUAUUGUUAACACUUAUUAAUUUUACUAUAUGAUGUAAGGAAAAAAAUUUUGUUUUAAAAUUAAAGUAUUUAUUAAACUA